AUGCUAGCCAUGGACGUGACCAAGGAGUCGCGGGCCUCCCCCUUGCCGGCGAGCUCGCAACCCUCGGCGACAACCUCCUCACAGCAGCCUCCUCAGCCUCAGAUAUGUGCUGGCUGCAGUAAGGUGAUAACGGAGCGCUACCUGCUGAAGGCCUUGGACCAGCUGUGGCACGAAGACUGUCUGAAGUGCGGCUGCUGCGACUGCCGCUUGGGUGAGGUCGGGCACACCUUAUAUACCCGUGCCAACCUCAUCCUCUGCAAGAGGGACUACUUGAGGUUGUUCGGCAACACUGGGUACUGCGCCGCGUGCAAUAAGGUGAUACCGGCUUUCGAGAUGGUGAUGCGCGCGCGCAGCAACGUCUAUCACCUGGAAUGCUUCGCCUGCCAGCAGUGCAACCACAGAUUUUGCGUCGGUGACCGCUUCUAUCUGUGCGAAAACAAGAUACUCUGCGAAUACGACUACGAGGAACGCUUGGUGUUCGCCAAUAUGGCCUACAACCCGCCGCCGCUGUCGCAUCUGAAAAGGCAGACCACACAUCUUUCGCCACCUCCGACUAGCAACGCGAUGGGCCUCAUGAACGGCGGGGGCCGCUCCGGCGAUUUGAACAACAACAUGUCGGGCUCGUCGCCGGCGGCGUUCGUGCCCCCGCCGCACCUGAAGCCGCUGGGCUUGUCGGCGUCCAGC